CACAUUGCUCCUCCCUUUAGUAAAGAAGAGUACCAUAAGAGAGAGAGAGAGAAAGAGAGAGAGAUGGCAGGAGAAGGCGAGGCGAUGGCUACGACGGCUCCGUUAGCGCCGGUGACGUAUGAGAGAAAAGUCCGAGACGAUUUGGACGAAACUUUACCCAAACCAUAUUUGGCGAGAGGAUUGGUGGCAGCGGAUACGGACAAUCCGGAGGGAGCAAAAGAACACGAGAACAAAGGCAUGAGCGUGCUUCAGCAACACGUCGCCUUUUUCGACCAAGACGGCGACGGAAUCGUCUAUCCUUGGGAAACUUUUUCGGGAUUUCGCCAACUUGGGUUCAAUGUGGUAAUCAGUGUUUUGGCGGCCAUUUUUAUCAACCUCACCUUGAGCUAUCCUACGUCACCGGGUUGGUUGCCUUCUCUUAUGCUCCCAAUUUACAUCUCCAACAUACAUAAGGCCAAACACGGAAGUGAUUCCGGCUCCUAUGACACCGAAGGAAGGUUUAUGGCGAUGAACCACGAGAACAUGUUUAGCAAAUAUUCACGUGUCAUUCCCGAUAAAUUGACAUUCAAAGAGGUUUGGAACUUAACCGAAGGGAACCGAGUCGCAUACGACAUAUUUGGCUGGGUGGCGGCAAAGGGAGAAUGGAUAUUUCUCUAUCUUCUUGCAAAGGACGAGGAAGGGUUCCUGUCCAAAGAAGCCGUGAGAGGUGUCUUCGACGGGAGUUUGUUCGAGUUUUGUGCCAAGAGAAACAAAGCCAAGAACGAGAAGAGGGACUAAGAAUAUUUAUAAUUAUAUGAAAUAAAACUGAAUAAAUUUGAAUUUUCGUGUAAUGUGUUGGUCCGACAGUGUAUCGCUUUCGUUCGUUUUCUUUGGUCUUGUCAUAUGGAUCUUUGUGAGUUGUGGUUGGUUGUGUACAUGUUAUUAAGAAAUUAUUGUUUGUAAGGUAUUCUGUCCUUGUUUUACUGUUUGAUCCCAACGUGUUCGCAAGACCGGUUUUGUGAUA